GAUCCGUUUUCCAAGGAGAGGGUCGGGUUUCUCCCCCCGCCGGGGCUGCGGGGCGGUGCCCAGUCCUGUGGGCCGCCUCCUCCUCCCUCCCUCCCUCCCCUCCCCCCUCCUCGGUGCGUCUCUCUCCUCUGUCUGCGUUUCCCUUCCCGUGGCCGGCGACUCCUCCGAGGACCUCCGCGGGGUCGCCCUUGCCUUCGCUCGCCGGUCUCAACGGCAGAAGCGCGAUGGCCAUGGGGCAGCCCCGCUUCCUCCUCCUGCUUCUGCUGGUGGUCCGCCCUUCGCGCUCCCUUCCCUUCGGAUACAAUGAUUUCCUAGGAUGUCUUCUCAAGAAUGAUAGCAUGGCGCCACCACGAUCUUUUCCCAUGUCCAGAAGAAUCGAUUCUGAACAGAUUUCAUGGGACGACCCUGAUGCUGAAAAUGAUUUCGACCAUGGAUCAGGUUUUGGCAAUCAGACCACACCAAAAUUAUUCUCUGUGUCUAAAGAUGCUGAAAGAUACCUGACUGGUGUGUGGCUGACCCUUUUUGUGCCAUCAGUCUACACUUUAGUUGCCAUAGUGAGCCUUCCUCUGAACAUCAUGGCAAUUCUUGUGUUCCUGAUAAAAAUGAAGAUGAAAAAGCCAGCCAUAGUAUAUAUGUUCAACCUAGCUUCUGCAGAUGUACUCUUUGCAAGCAUGCUUCCUUUUAAGAUUGGCUACCAUUUUUCUGGAAACAACUGGGUGCUUGGUCCGGAAAUGUGUCGCUUUGUCACUGCUACAUUUUACUGCAACAUGUAUUGUUCCAUAUUACUGGUAAUGGUGAUAAGCAUUGACCGUUUCCUGGCCGUGGUGUACCCAAUGGAGUCUCUGUCAUGGCGCACAUUAAGUCGCGCCUCCGUGGUGUGCAUUGCCAUUUGGAUUGUUUCCAUUGCUGGAGUCAUACCUCUGCUUAUCACGGAGCAAACCCAGGAAAUACCUCACUUAAACAUUACAACAUGUUAUGAUGUGUUGAAUCAAGAGGAUCUUGAAGGAUAUUACUUCAUAUUUUUCACAGUUUUCUCUUUGCUUUUCUUUUUUGUGCCAUUAAUUGUUUGUUCUGUCUGUUACAUCUGCAUCAUCUGGCGUCUGAGCUCGUCCGACAUCGCUGCAAAGCAGAGCAAGAAGACGCGGGCUUUGUUUUUGUCUGUAGCGGUUUUCUCCAUUUUUGUGUUGUGUUUUGGUCCAACAAAUGUUCUCCUCAUAGCGCAUUACAUACAUUUUUCUUACAGAAGCUAUUCGGGGAGUAUCUAUUUUGCUUAUCUCCUCUGCGUCUGCAUUAGCAGUAUUAGUUGCUGCAUUGAUCCUCUGGUCUAUUAUUUUGCCUCAUCCGAAUGCAAACGACACCUCUGCAACCUGUUGUGCUGCAAAGUGAAUGAUGAUCCCUGCAGCCAAAGCACCAGCGACCAGCUCAUGAUGAGGGCCAGCCGAAGGGGGACCUGCACCAGUACACUUGGAAACAGCGUCUAUAGGAAGUUAUUAACAUAAGCAUUUAUGGACAAAUGUAUACUUGAUGCUCUUGUGUUUAAUGCAGCUCUGUUUUUUAAAAGAGUAUUGGCCUACACUCAUUUUUCACAUAAUGUGUGAACAUAAUGGGCUAUGGACAUAAUGGGCACAGUUCACAGCUGAGAACUGUGACGUGGGUUGCUACAUCCUGUUUGUAUGGAAGGGCAUGUAUGCAUAUUUAUGCACACAUAUUUGCAUACCUACAUUGACUGGAAUCCUGUUGGUUAGUCACAGUUGGAGUUAACCUAUUCAAUCAGCUCUUGAAUGCUGAGUUGACACAUAAGUUAAUCAGUGGUGCUGAUCUAGUCGGAACUAACAGAACAGUGAGGCCUUGGUAUCUGCAGUGGUUUGGUUCAGACUUUCAAUGGAUACUAAAAUCUGUGGGUACUCAAGUGCCAUUAUAUACUAUAGCACAGUAAAAUGCUUAUAUAAGAUGGCAAAA